UGUUGGUUACACAAGACUUCUGUAGCUACCUGUCACUACUGGUCGAGGUGAACAUGAAAGUGAAAGCAGUGAAAUCCCCAGAUUGUUAGGCCUCGUCACCGCUCCAGACGGUAAAAGGUGUUGCUCAGUAACCAGGGACAUUCAAUGGCAAGCGGUGAUCAGAUGGCAGAGAUUGGGGAACCUGGGGACAUGGAGGAGGUCAAUGAAGCUCAGGGUCUAGAGGACGGAUCCUCCCUCAAAUCCACCAUGGAGAGGAAUGGGAAGACCCAACCCGACGGCCCGGUGAAGGAGAAGAAACUGGGGAUGAUGAAGCAAUUCAGGAAGAGCAUGAAGCGGGUUGGAGAGAGGAGUCCUCUGGCCUCAAACAGCAAAGGUUCAAAGGACAGACCCUAUUCUGACCAGGGGGGGGACAGCAGUAUUGACCCUGAAGUGACACCUCUAACCCAUCAGCUGCCGCCCACUCACUCACAAAGUUUGAGUGCUGGGUCUCCUGUGGCCUCUCCCCUGAAGAGUCCAGGUGAGUUUUUUCAAAGGAAGGAGGGAGAAGAGAGUGCAGAAGAUUCACCAUCAUCCCAGAAAAAACACUCCAGAACACACUCAGACCCAACAACCAUUGGGGACUCUCUUCUGAAGAAGGGGGCUUCCAUUCGAUGGAGUUUGCGACUUGUGGGGAAUAAGGACAAGACCCUCAAACAGGAGCCGCUCCAGUCUGUCACUGAGAUCACAGUGGAGGAGAAGAGAGCGGGGGAGGAGAGCGUAGAGGUCAAAGAGUCAUACAUACUCCCAGAGAUACCCCUCACACCCCUCUCAGUGAUGCAGAUCAACGAGCUGAUUAAGACUGAGGUGCUGGAGGAGGCCCACCUGAACCUCCUCUCCCUACGCCAGGAGUUCCAGCGGGAGAGGGAUGAGUGCACGGAGGAGGCCUCCCUCAUGGAGCUGGCAAAGAAGGAGAAGGACCUGAGCAUCCUUUACAGAGCCAUGCAGGAAAAGGUGAAGGAGAUAGUGCGCAACUCCAACAGCCUUCCCUCCCUCAACAAGGAGCUCCUGAUGCACGCGGCCCGCGUCAUCCAGGAGGAGGAGAAGAGGGAGGCAGAGCCUGGGGGCGUGGUUGGGCUAGGGGACUGGCGGGGUGCCUGGAAGGAGGCUGUGAGCGAGGGGGUCGAGGCAACUUUGAAGAGAGUUCCUCUGGACAGGCCCGAGCAGAAUGUCUCCUGGCUGGCUAUCCACCUGGGUCUGCUGGGCAAGGCCAUCGUAGAAGACUUGGAGAAGGUGAAGAGAGAGCUGCAGGGCUCUUACCCACCCAGCUUCAACGUGUUCAGCACCUACAUGAGCUGUUACCAUGGUGCUGUCAGCCAGCACCUGAACACGCUUCAGCAGCAAGUGACAGAUCUGAAGGACUACUACGCCCUGCUGGACUGGAUCAUCAAUCGCUAUGAGAGUGAGAAGAUAAUGAGCAGUCCUUCACUGAGACCAGAGGUGGAGGCUGAGAAAACAGGCCUCUCACUGGAGGAGGGCUUCCUGGACCAGCUCAAGGGGAAGUACUGCAUGCGGGCUAAGGAGGACAUGAGAGCUUCGCUGGAUAAAAUAUUAGAGCUUGAAAAUGAGGGUAUUUGGAUAAAGAAACAGGCACCAGAGACCGAUGAUGAACACUUCUUGAACUCUGAAAUACACAUGGAUAUUUGGACGAAUGUUAAGAGCAAUGCUGUUAACUCCAAGAAGAUUGAUGUGAACCUGGAGAUGAGAGUAGUCUGUUCCUGCCUAGAAGAGUUACAGCAGUUUCCCAAACGAUUUGAGACUAAAUUAAGGUACUGCUGUAACAGUGUGGAAAACCCUUCACUUUGGGCUGACUAUCAGAUAACCUACAUCAACAGCUUUACAGCUCUUAUGGAGCAUAUGGAGGGCUACAGGGAGAGCUGCCCAACACAGGUGGACAAUCUCAGCAGAGAGGUGGAUGGCCUGGUCCAUAGACUGGUCCAGAGCCUGGAGGACCAGUUUAAAAAUGAUGUCAGGCCCUACCUCAGGAGAAUGAUGACGAGGAAGUGGCUCUCCACAGAUGAGGACUUCAAACAGCUGUAUAGCAGGACAGAGAAGCUGACCCAUCGCUGUUCACAAAUGAGACCUCCAUAUGUACAGACAUUUUUGAGCUGCUUGCACUACUACGUGGUGAAAGAGUAUGUCUCCCAGCUGAUGAAAAACAACUACUCCUGUAAGAACAGGAAGCAUGACAAAGCCGCCACCAAGAUGAGGGCGCAGUGGAAUAAACUCAAGGAUCUGUUUGAGGAAAUGACAACCCAUGACUGGCUCCACCCAGUAGGAGACCACCUGAGUAACAUCAUUGGGGAAACAAACAAGAGGGACAUAAAGAACCACCUGAAACUUUUAGUUGCUGACUACCCAGACAUCAGUAAGAAGCACCUGUCGGCUGUGCUGUACUUCAGGGGCUUGAUGCGGGGCAGGGAGAGACAGGUGAUCCUGCAGCGUCUCACUGAGCUGAAGAGGGAACUGGGAACCGCAGGGAAUAUUGGAGAUAAUAGAAGAGCCCUCUUCAGGGGCAUGCAGGUCACUGUCACCAAUACAGACUGUCUGGCUGACAUUCCGUUCUUCUGCUUCCUCCUCCCAGACAGCUAAUAAACGGACCUAGAUACAGGAGCCUACGACAGAGAUGAUAACCUAACCAAACUGUCUGAGAAAAAUAACAUCACUGUAUCACAAGUAGGAUCACCUCGCACAAAUCAAACUGAGAAUAAUGAUUCAUGUAAUCAAAGGGAUGCUUUAAGACGUCUCGUUUGUUUCCUAUCAUGUAUUGUUACUACAGCCCACUGUCGCAAAAAUAAGCUUAGGACACAAAUAAUAAUGGGGCUGAUUUGCUAAAUGAAAGAACAGCUUUAAUAUAGCAGAUUGUGGCUUCCCUCAAUGUAAUUGUCUGCAUUUCCAAUCCCCCAUAUCUUUAUUUGUAAAUAUGUCUAUUAAAAUAUAUAUAUAUUUAUUUUCCCCUAACCCUACCAUCCCUCCCCUAAUUGGCAUAAACUAAUGGACAACAACACUUAGGCUUCUACUUCCAGCUUAUACAUACUAUAUACAUUUUAUGGACACAGUAUAUUUUACAAUAGUUAUAUUUUUGUUUUUAGUCCCAUCCUUCAGCUCCACUCAACCCUUCCCAUCGAUAUCUGAACACCAUCCAGUUUUGCCAUAUAUUGAACACCAUUUAAUUUGCCAUAUUUUUGAACUGUGCUGUGAUGUUUCACAAAACUUCUGAACCUUUCUAUUCUCAAAGAUUCUACAUAUUGUAAAUAAAUAAAUAAAUACUCA